ACCUUUGGAGUUUGAUAUGAUUAAGGAAUAACCAGAGGUACACGUCUCAAAUUCGCCAUAAUCAAGCAGAACCUGCUGGUGGUGAUCUCUGAAAUUGCUCAGUGAGCACACCUAAUUAACCUGAUUUUUUGCUGAUAAUCAUUCUCAAUGGAAUCAAAUCAAAAAUCCGGGGAAGGAUUGGCCGCCACUCAGAAGGAAGCCGCACUGCGUGCAUUGAUUCAGCGCACAGGAUAUAAUUUGACACAGGAAAAUGGGCAGAGAAGAUAUGGAGGCCCCCCUCCCGGAUGGGAUGGUCCGCCUCCAGAAAGAGGCUGUGAGAUCUUUGUCGGCAAACUUCCCCGUGAUCUUUUUGAGGAUGAACUCAUACCAUUAUGUGAAAAGAUAGGGAGAAUCUUUGAAAUGAGAAUGAUGAUGGACUUCAAUGGAAAUAAUAGGGGGUAUGCAUUUGUAACCUUCACCAACAGACAGGAUGCCAGGAAUGCAAUCAAACAACUAAAUAAUUACGAAAUUCGAAAUGGGAGACUUCUUGGGGUCUGUGCCAGUGUAGACAACUGCAGGUUGUUUGUUGGUGGCAUCCCAAAGACAAAGAAGAGAGAAGAAAUUUUGGUGGAAAUGAGGAAAGUAACAGACGGCGUUAUUGAUGUGAUUGUCUACCCCAGUGCUGCAGAUAAAGCUAAAAAUCGUGGAUUUGCCUUUGUAGAGUAUGACAGUCAUCGUGCAGCAGCUAUGGCCAGACGAAAACUAUUACCAGGGCGCAUUCAGUUAUGGGGUCAUCCUAUUGCAGUGGACUGGGCAGAGCCGGAGGUUGAAGUUGAUGAAGAUACAAUGUCAUCAGUUAAGAUUCUAUAUGUCAGAAAUCUCAUGCUAACAACAGCGGAGGAGACAAUAGAGAAAGAAUUCAACAACAUCAAGCCUGGUGCAGUUGAACGUGUAAAAAAAAUUCGAGAUUAUGCCUUUGUACACUUUAACAAUCGCAAUGAUGCUGUUGAUGCCAUGAAUGCUUUAAAUGGCAAGAUUAUAGAUGGAUCUCCCAUAGAAGUUUCCUUGGCUAAGCCAGUAGACAAGGACAGUUAUGUGCGGUAUACCAGGGGAACAGGAGGAAGAGGAGCUGCUGUACAAGGAGAAUAUACUUAUACUAUUGGCCAUGUCUAUGAUCCAACCACAGCCUAUCUUGGAGCCCCUGUCUUCUAUGCUCCACCUCCAUAUGCUGCAACAAUCCCAAGUAUUCCUUUCCCUCCCGCCAAGGGCUUUGUCAGCAACCGUAACCUCAUACGACCGCCUUCAGUCAGAGAAAUUUACAUGAGUGUACCUGUAGGGGCUGCGGGAGUUAGAGGACUGGGAGGUCGGGGAUACCUGGCAUACACUGGCCUGGGCCGCGGCUGUUUUGGAUACCAAAUGAAAGGAGACAAACGGGGAGACGAGAAACUUUAUGACAUUUUGCCAGGAAUGGAGCUAACACCAAUGGGUGCUGUCGCUAUAAAGCCACAAGCUGUUAAACCUCCACCACAGGUGCUGGAGGAAAUCUGUCAAAAAAAUAACUGGGGUCAGCCAGUAUACCAACUGCACUCUGCAAUCGGUCAAGACCAGAGACAACUGUUUCUAUAUAAAAUCACCAUUCCCCUCCUUGCUAGUCAGAACCCUGCUAUCCACCCAUUUACUCCUCCAAAGCUUUGUAUAUCUGUGGAUGAAGCAAAAAACUAUGCAGCUGAGUAUACACUUCAGACCUUAGGAAUCCCAACAGAGAGUGCUGAGCCACCAGCAGCCUUUGCAGGAUAUGCCAUAGCUAGCUCGCCAGCUGCAGUAGCUGCUGCCACCCAACUAAAACAAGCAGUCGCCUUGGGGCAAGACCUUGCCGCUUAUGCCACCUACGAAGCCUAUCCAGCUUUUGCAGUAGCAACUCGAGGAGAUGCAUAUGGAGCAUUCUAAGGAUUAUAUCACCUUCAGUUAAAACAUCCUGUAUGUGGUGAAUGUGAAUGGAAUCUGGGGUUUCCUUUAUAUGUGACGUCCAAUGGGACUCUAAUCCACUGUGACAGAAUGGAAAAUACUUAGUUGGAUACUUAGUGUAGUUUUAUAGGCAUAAGGUUUUAUUUUCUUUAGUAUUACUGCAGUUUAUAUUUAAUGGUCCUCAGCUUCAAGUUUGUUUAUGGUGUUUACACUUUUUAUGCACUAGUUAGUAGUGAAGUAACGAAAAAAGUUAAGCCUUUUUAAAUUCUUUUAGAGGACUUUAAACUCUGGAUCAAAUGUAUUGUUGAGGGAAUGCGUUUUUUUUACCAUAGGUAAAUAAGUAUUCUUGCAUUUUUUCCAUUUUAUUAUUUUUUCCUGUAUGGAACGAUCUGGAUAAAUCAUGAGCAUUUCCAGAAGUCAGUACAGAGGCCUAAGAGGCCAAAUUAUGAUAGAUUUGUGUUUUAUCUUUACAGAUUAAGCUUUAAGCUUAAAUGACAUGGCAGUGCAGAUUUUAGGACUCAAUGGGUUUUGUAUGGAGGAGUCUGCAGUGAGUCAGAUAGAUAAACUGCUCAUUGCUCAUUUCUGUUCUGCCAUUUUUGCUGCUGGUCCACAUUUUUUUGUGCUUAGAGCACUGAGAGUGCUAGCUCUCUGGAUAUCAUGCUAGUCCAGUGGCUUCAGUAAUUUUGGUCACUGACCUAAAACAACCAUGCAUUUCAGAGGCUCUGACUUAUUUGGCUGUAUACUUGUUCUGGAUAAAUAAGAAUGUAUAGUAGCCAGUCACAGUCUGACAACUAGUAUUUUAAGGAGUUUAGUGUUUCUCCUGAUGCAAGUUUCCUUUAAGUCCUAUACUGCUCACUUACCGGUCCCAAUGUCCUCCUGCUUCCUUGAAUUUGAACUUGUAUAAUUCUUAUUAUUCGGACAGGAUGUGUUAAGUUUUAUUGUAUGCUGCUGUUUACUGUUGACAUUUUUAUGUUUGCAUGUUAGAUUAUAUGAAUUCUACAUAACUUAUAGGGAAAUCGAAAGUAUCUAUGUGACAAUUCAAAUGAAAAUUGUGAUUUUUUUAUUUUUUUUUGCCAGACCAGCAAGCAUGGUUUGGAUCAAACAAGUAGGGCUGGCCAUACUUUAACUGAUAUUAUUCUUCGAAAAAUGAGCAUCUUUAUCAAUAGAUGGGUGACACAGAGGUUACUGACUGACAUUAAGCAAUCACCUACAGUGGUAGAGAGUCCAAUGCAGACAUCUGCCAAUCUGGACCCAGCAUACCCUUGUUAACUUUGUCUAUCUGUCACCCCACCCCCUGCAAACAAAUUACUCUCUGCUACUUCAUUUAAAGGACAGAGUAAUUAAUAUAGAACUAAUUUAGACAUAAUUAACUAGUAGAGGGGCAGGAAAAGACCUAUUGAUUUGAGCAUAUGGAUUUAAAAAGUCUAUAAACAUGUAAUUGGUUGGUCUCUCUUCUUCCAAUCGCAAAGCUUGCAUGACCUUUGUAAGGUGGUCUACACAUGUUAAGCUAAUGGCAAAAAAAGAGUAAAGUCAGCAGUAUUAAAAAUGAAUGUGCACAUGGAGCACUUAUGUUUGUACAGAUGAUACUUCUGUUUGUAAAGAACUGUCACUGUGAAUUAAAAAAAAAAAGUAUUUCAUAUAACUUGGUAAUGAUGAAAUCUAUAUAUAGCUGCCA